AUGACGUCCGACAUCGAUAGCUACACGCAACAGGCCCUCCACCUAGAUCCCACGACCAAGAGCAUAUCCCUCGCCACAACCGAAGGCCAGACCCCCGCGCAAGUAGAAGCAAUCAAUGCCGAACUCACACAGUUGAACCUGCUUCACCGAAACCUGGUCAGCCUCGAGUCUCCCAACAUCCCUCCUCCCCCACUGCCCGUCAACCCGAAACGCAGCGCGCAAAUCACCAAGCUGCGCGAUACUGCCAAUACCGCGUUUCGCAAAUCCAACUACGCCGAGGCCGUCAAGCUGUAUGGCUACGCGAUCGACAUGGCCUACGCCCGGCUGGCGUGGGAGCCGGUCAACCUGGUCCGCGAUGAACUCUCGGGGUUGUAUGCAAACCGGUCGCAGGCGUACAUGUCGCAGCAGAUGUGGCCAGAGGCUUGGGUCGACUCCAAGUGCAGUGCCGAGUCCAAGCCCGUGGGCAACGUCAAAGCCUGGUGGCGCGGCGGGAAAUGCUUGGCUGAGAUGAACCGAUGGGACGAGGCGCGCGCCUGGACUGAGCAGGCCCUUGGAAUUGAGGGCCCUGCUAGUGAAGGCGGUAAAGAGCUGGUCGAGUUGCUGAAGGAGAUUGAAGCUGGAAGCAAGAAGGCAUAG